AUGCCUGCCUCAAUUACCCGUACCGUGGCUUUGGCCCUGGGCUUUGCUCUUACCGCAAUGUCGGCUGUCCCAAAUUACCCCUUGAACAGUGACGUUCCAGCCAUGGAUAAAGUGCUCCUGGAUGAAAAUCCGCUGCCAAAUUGCAUGGCUCACUAUACCGUUUCCGAGGCGGAUACCUGCAUGGACAUUGUCAACAUGCACCCAAAUACUUUGAAUCUGAACGAGUUCUACUUGUGGAACCCAAUGGUGAAGCGCGACUGCUCCAAUCUUAUCGUCGGCGAGACUCUUUGUAUCCGCGCUCGUACGCUGAGGGACUGCGGUGCUUGCAGUGCUGCCUGUGCUCCCUGCCACACGUAG